UAACGUUUCAAGAUGGCGAAGGACUUGGACGAGCUCUUGGAUGAAGUCGAGUCCAAAUUUUGCAGACCAGACCCACCGAAACUGGGCAUGGUCGAGCGGCCCAGAGGCUGCGGCGGUGGCAUUCUCAGCAAUGACCGGAACCGAGCCGAGGCGAAAGAGACUCUCAGGUCUACAAGUAAUAAAAUAAAUGACCGUGCAACAUCUGGAUGCCAGAAACAACUGCUAAUAUCAGCAGAAACAUUUGAGAAAGAAGAUGAUCUUGACAGUCUUAUUAAUGAAAUAUUUGAAGAACCCAACUUUGACAAAAAACCCUUUAAAUUAAAAUCUAAAUCUUCAGGUAACACAUCUGUCAGAGCUUCCAUUCAAGGCCUUGGUAAAAGUUGCAGCCCAGUGUACCUUGGUGGAACCGCUGCUCCGUGUGGAAUUGGAACAAAUACUUCACAGAGAGCAUGUGAUCAUCUGCGUUGUAUAGCGUGUGAUUUCCGGGUAGUAAGCUACGAUGACUACAUGUGGGACAAAUCAUGCGAUUAUCUGUUUUUCAGAAACAACAUGCCAGAAUUCCACAAAUUAAGAACAAAGUUGGUAAAGAAGAAAGGAACACGAGCAUAUGCCUGCCAGUGUAGCUGGAGAAGUAUUGAAGAUCUGACUGACCUUCAGACCGAUCAACAGCUUCGCUGGGUUUGUGGUAAACAUUAAGAACGCAGACUUUUCAUAUUCAGACUAAUGCCUACAAUGAAAGCAGUCUCCAGUAAUCAUCAACAUUUUUAGCGAAGGUACAAAGCAGUAUCAUGCCCUUUGGAAAAAGACAGGAAAUUUCAUUCAAUGACUAUAUAGUAUAGAUUUUCAAAGACCUAAUGGACUUGAGAAGAUAAUGUGCUUUAACAUUUUGGAACUAUUUCUUUUUGCUGUAUGGGCAUUUCACUUAGUAAGGUAGCAAGUUAUCCAAAUUCUUUGCUAGCCACUCUCCUGUUAAAUGGAAGUUUAAUUAUGGAGUUUCGUACAAAUAUGUAGGCAUUCAUUAGCAACUGCAAAAUUAAUCACUGCUAAUACACGUAGCUAAAUAUUCCUCAUUUACAGCAUUUAAAGAGGAUAAAGCCAGCCAGUGCAGAGAGGUCCCUGAGGGUGGCGGGGAGGAGGUGUAGGCAUCAUCUCCUCUGGUCAGAUCUGUUGUUGCCAAAGAUCAGAAUUUAGAUGUGGCAAAAACCAUGUGAUCAGUGGCUAACUGAAGGAUUUGGGGGAGCACAGGUUCAUUGUAAAUGAAAAGACUGCCUAUAUUGACCUUACCUCAGUAACUCCAAAUGAUAUUACACACAGUAAUGAUAAGUAUAUAUUCUUACUUUAGCUUAUUUCUUCUCCUUUUGUUCAUUUAGAUAAUCAAAGGGUAGUUUGCUAUUUUAGUAAAUAUUCAUUUAUAUAUAAUUUUUUUUUGAUGUACCUAUAAUCACAAGGAAAAAUCCUAAUACAGAUAAAUCAUUAUUGGAUUUUUUCCAAGUACUUCUCUAGCCUCCGGUGCCUAAAAUUCCAUCAAGUGAACAGCAGCUGAGAUAUUUGCUCAGGCAGCCUGUUGAUUUUCUGGUGGGAUGAGGCUGACAUAUUGUUUGUCAGAUGAGAGCAUGAAAGAAGAAAUAAAUCAUAGUGGAACCAACAGGUAAUCUGUUGUGCUCCUCCUUGACAUCUCUGAGACUGGGGGAACCCUAUAAUAGCAGCACAUUCAGCAAAUCAGUUACCUCAAAAUUACCAGUUCCCAGCACCAUGAAGAAACUCUGGAGGCUUUCCAAUCUGCCAUAAGCGCUUUAUUGUGUGUGUCUAAGACAUAGUUCAAAUGUACGACACAAGGCAUGCUGAAAGGGAGUAACCGAAGCAGAGUUGUGAUUGCUUAGUCUUAUGCUGAAUCCAUUCCAGUCACCUUACUCAAGUAAGAAGAAAGAUGGGCCAUUAAAAUCCUUUUCCUAGCCGUGACACAUGUGCUAGUAAGUCUAGCAUUGCAGCAAAACUCAUAGUGAACUCAACAGUGGCAGAUGCUUACAUUUUUAUAUUGAAAAUGUUUACAGAUUUUAUCUUUGAAUAAACAUUUUUUACUCCCUAAAA